AUGUCAUCCAAAAUGUAUGGAAAUCAUCGAUCACUCGUCCCAUCCGGUGGUGCUUCGGGAUCAGGUCCACCACCUCCUCCAGGUGCAGGAGGUGCAUCUUCAGCUUCGGCAGCACGAUUAGCAGAUUUGUUGGACUUUGUUCGUCAUGAAUUCGAUCUCAUCAGUGGAGAAACCAGCACUUUGAAAGGACAGCGUGAUGAAUUGGACAGUAGAAUCGGACAACAAAUCAGCGAAGUGCAAUUAAUGCAACAACAUAUCAUGGAUCUCGAAUCUCGGCACACUGCAAUGUCACAACAAUACGAAGAAGAAAUUAAAAGACUACGACAUAUGCUUGAUUCACGCGGUCCAGAAAGUCAAGGUGGUGGUGGUGGAGCAACUGCACCUCCUCAUUUGCCAACAUCCACUUCUGGUCCACCUCAAUUGGCUCCAGGUGGCUCAAAGGCUGGCGGUCCUCCUCCUGCUUUUGGUGCUCCACCAGGAGCAUACCGCAAUGGAUAUGAACGUGAGCGUGGCCCUAAUUCCGCCGAAGGACCAGGUGGUAAACGUCCUAGACCUGACGAGCGUGAACGUGAUGGACGAUAUGCACCCCCUAGUCCUGGAAUGGAGAGAGACCGUGAUGGCGGAAGACCAGCAGCAUCGUCCAAGAAAGAAGGAAGUGCUUAUCCAUACCCUUCACGCGAUCAUGAGCCCUCGCCUGCUCCUAAUGCAGCGGCAGGAAACAACAGCCUUGCAAAUUUGAGCGAACUCGAUCCUGAAGAUGUACCAAAGGACUUGAAGAAAGAAGGAAGCGAUUGGUGGGCAAUCUUCAACCCCAAGGUCAAGAGACAAUUGGAUGUCAGCUUGGUUCACACUUUGAUGCACGAAAGUGUUGUUUGUUGCGUUCGUUUCUCACCUGAUGGAAAGUUUUUGGCAACAGGAUGUAAUAAAAGUGCGCAAAUUUACGAUACCAAAACAGGAGCAAAGACUUGUGUUUUGUCCGAUCAACCGCCAAACCACAAAGGAGAUUUGUACAUCCGAUCAGUCUGUUUUUCACCUUGUGGAAGAUUCUUGGCAACUGGAGCCGAAGACAGACAAAUUCGAUUGUGGAAUAUUGCGACAAAGAAGGUCAAGCAUCUAUUCACAGGACACAAGCAAGAGAUUUACUCUUUGGACUUCUCUCGCGAUGGUCGUAUAAUUGCAAGUGGAAGUGGAGAUAAGACUGUACGAAUCUGGGAUGUGGACAGUGGACAAUUGUUGCACACCCUCUAUACGUCUCCUGGACAAGAACAAGGGCCAAGCGAAGCGGGUGUGACUAGCGUCAGCAUCAGCUCUGAUAGCCGAUUGGUGGCAGCAGGUGCAUUGGAUACCCUUGUUCGUGUUUGGGAUGCAAGAACAGGUCAGCCACUAGAAAAACUUCGUGGUCACAAAGAUAGCAUUUACAGUGUCAGCUUUGCACCUGAUGGACGUUCAUUGAUUAGUGGAAGUCUGGAUAAGACAUUGAAGAUGUGGGAUCUUUCGGGAACGAUUCAUGCACUUGAUCAAAACGUGCCAGAUGAAGAAAAGAUGCAUAAUGCUGUUUGCGCAACGACCUUUUUGGGUCAUAAAGAUUAUGUCCUGUCCGUUUCUUGUUCGCCUGAUGGUAUGUGGAUCGCAUCAGGAUCAAAAGAUCGCGGCGUACAAUUCUGGGACCCAAGAACGGCACAAGCACAAUUGGUCUUGCAAGGACACAAGAAUAGCGUGAUUGCGAUCCAUCUAAGUCCAGCUGGUGGAUUAUUGGCAAGUGGUUCUGGAGAUUUCAAUGCGCGUGUUUGGAAAUAUGAACAAAUUGGAUCAUAG